AUGGGCAACAACCCUUCCAAAGGCCCGGUGGGCGACACGCCGUCAGCCCAUGCACACCACAGCUCUACAGGCGAGCGCAAAGUCGCUCGUCGAUCCUCCCUCAAUGCGAUCUCUGCCCCCAAAGCCACCGCGGCCGAUCCUUCAGCUACAAAGGAGACAGCCGCUGGGCACUCGGCAGGAUACCAAGGAUCUGUGCAAGAGCGCCUGCAAUCCCGAAAUGCCCCCGAAUCUUCACCUAAGAACAUAGAGAAGCCUCCGCCACAGAAUGCACGCCGAGUCGAGUCUACCCCUGUCAAGGAGAUCCCAAUCCGCGACACUUCCAACCCGGUCCAGGUCCCGAUCUCGCGCAAUGUCCCGGGGCGCGAUCCUGUGGCACCAUCUGCCCCGCCUCUCAACUCGUACUAUAGCGCAUCGGCUCAUCUACAACGUCCACCGCGCUUGCCAUUGCCAAUUGGCGAUGCCAACACCACCCCUGGAUCGCCUGUCGCUGGCCCUGAGGACUCGCAUAUCCAGUCGCUCCCCGCAGAUCGGCUCUUGGAUGAACAGAUGGACCCGAAUACUGCAGCCUCAGGUCAUACGACCAUUGAUGAGGAGGAGUUACUUGAUGAGCUCCAGCCAUUCACUAUCAGCGGCGCCGGAAAGGCCGUUCCGGUAGUUAUCGAAUGGACAGCGCCUGCUCAGAAGGUAUAUGUUACUGGAACUUUUGUCAACUGGGAGAAGAAGUUCCGUCUGCACAGAAGUGAAAAUAAUCCGUCUGUUAUGUCCACUACUCUGAACCUCCGACCUGGCACGCACCACUUGAAAUUCAUUGUCGAUGGAGAAAUGCGCGCUGCGGAUAAUCUUCCAACCGCUGUCGACUUCACUAAUCACCUGGUCAACUACAUUGAAAUUAGUGCAGAUGAUGCUCAUGAUAAGGACUCGACCAUUCAGUCAGGAGCUCAAACUCCAAAUGCAGUGCCGGAUUCCUCUAAGCAGGAUCACUCAAGGGAUACAGAAGAUCAUCAUCUAGAAAAGGAAGAAAGCGAAGAAGAGGUGGCACCUGGUGAUUUCGGUGACGCCAUUCCUCAAUUCCUUGCCGAUUUGGAUAAGGAAGAAGAGAGCCCGGCCUAUGUCCAGGCUGCCAAUGUUAUUGGAGACACGCCUACCCCUCCCAGUCUUCCUCUCUUUUUGGGCAAGUCAAUUCUCAAUGGCACAACUCCGAUGAAAGACGAUAGCAGUGUUUUGAACUAUCCGAACCACACGGUCCUGAACCACCUUGCUACGAGCAGUAUCAAGAACGGUGUCCUGGCUACAAGCGUGACAACCAGGUAUAAAAGAAAAUACGUCACGACCAUUUUGUACAAACCGACUGGUGAUAUCACAGAAUGA